GAUCUCCAUCACCUUGCAACGGGACGCUUCACCCAAUCACCAUCACCUACUUAAAGCAAGGUUCCCUUUGGCGUCCCCACUCCCGAGUCCGGCAUACCCUCAUUUGAACUCACUCCUGCCCCUUCUCUGCGCCAACUUGAUUCCCUAAAUCGCUUCAUCGUCCAGACUGACCGCACUCAGGACUCGAGGUGACUUGUCGUCCCAGCGCUCUCUCUUUUCAGCUGGCUGUUCCGCUGCUCCAUCACGCGCCAAACUGAUCGCAUAUUUCUCACGAUAUUCCAGACCCAUCCCAAAAGUCUUCAGACCGUCAGACCGUCAUACCCACACCGUCGGGCUCGCAACAUGAAGUUCGCACCAUCCAGAUGCCUCAGUUCAGGCUUCGUCCUCCUUCUCAUCGCACUCAACCUCAGCUGUAUUGCUGAAGCGGAGGCAAAGAAGAAGUGCGAAAGCGAGCUAGCUGUUCACAACAACCACAAAUCGCACCGCUACCACAAACACCACCACAAGCAUGGCCACAAAUCCCAAGGAAGGCACCAUCACGCCACUGUAUCUUCAACAUCGAGCUCCUCAAGCUGGGCGUCAGCGGGUGCAGGCGGCGCUCAGUCUGGGUCUCAAAGCAGUAGCAGUAGCAACGCCGAUUCUGGUAGCGUUCAAAACACUCAUGGUGGCCCAGCGCCGGGCGCUGGAGACAACCCCACACCAAAGGGUCAGCAGAACCAAGGUACUCCGACUCAAGCCAUUUCGCACGGGACACCUUCCAAGUCGCCAAAGGGUGGCAAGGCUGGUGUCGCGGGCGGAGAAAGCCUCAAAUGGACUGCCGAAGUGCUGGGGUGGUGGCAUAAUUGGGGUCCCGUGCCCGACAACGACCACGCGGGUAACAUAGCUUUCAUGUCCACCUGCUGGGGCAUCGGCCAGACCGGAGGCAACCACGAUGCUGAGCGCUUCGAGAAAUUCAAGAAGGUGCCUCACGGAAAGUAUCCAUACGUGGCAGGCUACAAUGAGAUGGACUUCCAAGGCCAUGCCAGUUCCGGCGGCAUGAGCCUCGAUGCUGCUGUGCAUGUGUGGGAGCAGUACAUUGCUCCACACAAAGCCAAAGGCUCCAUCCUUGUAAGCCCUUCGUGCGCCAAGCAGAAAGAUGAGGACAUGUGUGGAAAGUUCCUGAAGCAAGUCAAGACGAAGCCGGACCUCGUGAACCUGCACAUUUUCCAGGAGCACCCGGAUGGUGUGAAGCCUGUCAUUGAUCACUACCGUGCCUAUGGCUACAAGAUGAUCAUCACCGAACUGGCAUGCAUCAACGUGAGCAGAUCGUCAAUGGCCAGCAUCCGACCUCUGAGCCAUCUCUGACAGCCCGCACACUGGUCCCCGCAGUUCCAGAACGGUGGUCGCAAGGAGUGCUCUAUGGAGGAACAGAGGAAAUUCUGGGCAACCGUGAUUCCGUUGCUGGAGAAAGACGACGACAUUGUAGGCUGGGCAGCCUCGGUGAGCAUCUCGAGCAUUCUUGCGCUGCUCUCUUAUAAUUCUCACCCUCAAUCGCCAUUCUCGCGCCUACAGGAUGCCUACGACAACGGAAACCUAUCCGUUCUCGUGAGUCGAUCGUUCG